UAAAAAGCAUUAUUCAAAAAAUUAAAGAGAAUCGUGCCUAUAGCAUCAUAUUAGAUGGAACAUAUGAUGUGUCUAAAAAAGAUUGCAUAGCUUUGCUUGUACGGUAUAUAGAAGAUUAUCUGCAUCCACAUCCUGUAGAAAGGAUCAUACAUGUUUUUACAACAUCAGAAACCACUGGGUAAAAUAUAAAGAAACAUGUAUUUUCUAAGUUUAAUGAUCUUGGUCUUCCUCUUGAUUAUUUGGUUGGACAAAGUAUGGAUGGUGCAGGAAAUAUGAAAGGAGUAUACAAAGGAAUGCAGGUUUUAAUAUUGAAAGAGGCUCCAAAAGACAUCUAUAUUUGGUGCUAUGCACAUCGGUUAAAUUUAGUAGUUGCUCAUGUUUGUGGAUGCAAAAUUGAAAUGAUAAAGGCAAUGGGAAUAUUAGAUGAGUUAUAUAAUUAUAUGAAUGGAGUUAGACGUCAAGGUGUGUUUGUUAAAUAUCAAAUGAGAAAGUCCAUUAAAUCUCUUAAAAGAAUUAAAAACACAACAAACUAAAUAAAAUAUUUUUAAUGAAACUUAUAUAUUUUCAGAAAUUGGUCAUCAUCCUACAAAUCUGUAGAAAUCUUUUUAGAUGUUUAUAAGCAUAUUUUAGCAUCAUUAGUUGAAUUAAAAGAUUCUAAUGACCCAAGCACCUAUUCCAUUGCCGAUGGAUUAUUAUCCAGAAUUAAGGAUGAAAAUUUUAUAUUAAGUCUAUUUUUUUAAAAGAAAUAUAGAAAUGUACACAUGAGGCUUGUAUUGAAAUGCAGGCAGAUGGUAAUGAUUUGGCUAUGGUAACCAAAUUAAUACAACAUACAAAAAAUAAAUUACAAAGACUAAAAACUAAUGGAGACAAUAUUUUUUUAAAAUUACAUUCCUUAUCUGCUAGUUUUUUGAAGAAGAAUAAUGUAAUAACUGAUUUGUAUAAUAUAAAAUCAAUAUUCAAAUUGGAUCAAACAGAAUUCAAUAAUUAUGUUGAACAAAAAAAAAACAAAUAUACAACGGAAAUAUUUUUUCCUGUGCUAAAUGCAAUAAUUAACCACCUAAAUGAUCGAUUUAAUUAUGAAUGUUUAAAUUUUUUAUCACAAAUAUCCAUUUUUACUCCCGCUAGAUUUAUGGAUAAUGAAAAAAUAGAAGGAUGGCAAAUAUCCAAAAUUUGUCAUACUUAUCAAUUGGAUGUCCAAAACAUUGAUGAUGAAUAUAAUGAUUUUCGCUCUUUAUAUUUGGAGUCUCAAUCAAUCAUUUUUUGCGAAGAUCUUUUGAAAGUUAAAAAGAAUGACGCGUUAUAUAUGAAAGUAUUGCAAACGAUCAAACUACCGAAGAAAAUAUCAACAGCGAAAUUAUGACCAAAAUAAAAAAUGGAUAAAAUAUUCUUUUAUAUUACCAUACGGACUUUUAAAUCAAUUAAACUCUUAUUCUAAUUUAAAUUUAUUAUAUAAGUAUUUAUUAACCCUUCCUAAAACUUCCUGUUCAGCCGAAAGAGCCAUGAGUAAAGUAAAAAUAAACAAAACUCGAAUGCGGAAUAAAAUUUCGGACUCAUUUUUAGAAUAUUUACUGUUAAUAUCCAGCGAAAUUGAUGUUUUUGAAAAAUUUACAAUUGAUGAUAUUAUAACACAAUUUGCAUCAACAUCUAUAAGGUUAUCCAAAUUAUUAAUAAGUAAUGUAUC